AUGCUUUCAAGACAAGCAAUUCAGAAUGCCCGCUUUGCGGCUCGCAGCGCUGGCCGCCCAGCCAUGAGGACAGCGAAGCCUCAGUUCCGCGCACAACAGGCUCGAUUUGACUCCACAGUAUCUGGUGCAACCGCUGGCAACUCUGGCGCUGGCUCUCAUGCAGCCAUUGGCGCCGUCUCUGGCGCAGCAGCAGCCGUCGCAGUUGGUUACAUCUUCUACCGCACUUCAGGUGCCCGCGAUAUCGUCCAGGCCUCAAAGACCACAAAGGCGUACGUCAGCUCAGCCACCCAGAAGAUCAAGGAAACUACUCCCGAGCCUAACGAGGCACUCCAAUGGCUACGGAAUGCCGCUCAGAGCUACGCUGCUUUCAUCCCUGGCGCGAAGGGCUACGUCGACUCAGCCUUCAAUGACCUCGAUGCCGUCCGCGAGAAACACGGCGAUGAAGUCGAUAGCAUCAUCCGCGAAGCCUACGGCGAGAUGCGCACUGUCCUCGGUAACGGUGACGUCAGCCUGGUUACCGCACACAAGACCUGGGACGUCCUCACCAAGCACAUGAGUCGCAUCGCCGACCUCGCUGGCGACUCUGCACAGCAGAUCAUGGACAACCACCCACAGCUGAAGGAGAAGGUCGGUGGCAACUGGGACAAGCUCAAGGAAUAUGGCGACAAGUACGGCCCCAAGGCCAAGGAGGAGGUCGAUAGGACAUGGAAGCAGGUCGGCGACGUCAUCAAGACUGGCGUCAACCCCGCGAACAUUGAGAAGAUCAAGAGCAUCGUGCAGGAGAAGGUCGACAAGCUCAAGAAGCUCGGCGACGAGGCUUGGGACAAGGGCAUGGAGCAGGCCAAGCCCUACCUCGACAAGAACCCCAAGCGCGUCAAGAAAGCUGUUGAGAACGGCGACACCGGUGAUCUCGAGAGCUACGUCAAGAGCGCGACAGACAAGGUUAAGGACUCUGGCUUCGGUGGUCUCGACCAGUACCUGAACAAGAUCCCCGGCGGCGACCAGAUCAUGCCUAAGCUCAGCCAACUGCAAGACGUUGCAUCGAAGCAUGGCGACGAGGCACAGAACAUUAUGAAGAACGCCAUCAGUGAGAUCACCGAGGUUCUGAAGAAGAGGGGUGACGAGGCCGCUGAGCUGGCCAAGAAGGCUAACAACGAUGCGAAGAAAUAG